AUGUUUCCGCUGGAGGACCGCAGUCUGACCAUCUUCGUUGUGACACUCGUGUUCCUGAUAGUCUCGUUCAUCGCCGUUGCGUUACGAUGUUUCGUCCGGCUGAGGUUGGUAAAGGCAUUUGGUUGGGAUGAUGCCUUGAUGGUAUUUGCGAUGGCAUUGAACAUCCUAUUUGCUCUGUGUGGAAUGAUAGGUGCCCGCUAUGGUUUGGGACGGAAGAUGCGAGAUUUCGGUACUCCGCCUCAUUCCAUGAUUGAACUCGAGACCGCUCUGUUUUGGUGGUGGCUGGGCCAAACGAGCUAUGUGAUCACCUGCGUGGUCGCGAAAGUAUCCAUCGCUUUAGCGCUACUUCGUCUCACGAUAACAAGGACACACAGAAUCAUCCUGUGGAGUGUUAUAGCUGUUUCUAUCGUUAUCGGGCUGGUGUUUUGGUUCAUGCUUACGCUGCAGUGCAGCCCCGUGGACCAUUUCUGGCACCGGCUCACAAUCUCUGGCACCUGUAUAAAUACGGACUACAUCCUCGAUAUUGCCUAUCUAUACAGUGUGAUAGCGACAAUCUGCGAUUUCAUCCUUGGUCUUCUUCCUAUUGCGCUUGUUUGGAAGUUAAACAUGAACUCCAAAACUAAGGCUGCGCUUGCUGGGAUUUUGAGUAUGGGAUGCGUUGCCAGUGCCGCCGUUAUAGUCCGCAUUCCAUACCUUCACCAUUAUAAGGAUGAUGAGUUUUUGUAUGCCACAACACCUAUCUCCAUUUGGUCGAACGUCGAAGCUGGUCUAGGUAUCACCGCCGGCAGCCUCGUCACUCUGCGCCCACUUUUCCGCUGGUUCCGAGGAUCUUAUUAUGAGGGCUCGAAGAGCAGAACAUAUGGAAGGGCUGGUAGUAUGCCUUUAUCCAGCAUGAACGGGGGCUAUAAUGCACGGCAAGAGCAGCCAGGAAAUAAGUACUGGCGGCCGGAUCUUGCGAACCAGUCUAACCAUGGCGUUACCACCACUGUUCAGACAUCCCGCGGAAGCCAAAAUAGCAGCCAGGAGGAUCUCAACCCAAAGCAGAGCUCAUUCUCUGGAGUUAAUCUGCAUACCUAUGUCUGGCCGUUCUUGAUCAUUUGGCCAGCCUUCUUCGCCUUCUACCUCUCCCCCGAGCGCUAUGACACGUACAUUCAAGGACAAGAAUGGACUUUUGUUUGGUCAGGGUCAAUCAUCACCCUUCAAUCGCUUCUCUGGUUGAUGACAAAAUGGAAUAUCAACAUUCGUACCUUGUUCACGGCAACCAAGGCCAGGUCUCCCGAUUCUGCCCAGCUUAUCAAGGUGAUUCCAGAGGCCAAUUCCGGUUCCGCUGAGAUCUGUCGCUUGGAUCGGGAUACACUGGGAGGAGUUACCACCACCUCGUUCUUAUUCCAGAAAAGAAGAUUCAUUUACUACCCCGAGCGUAAAGCCUUCGCCCCCCUAUCUUACGUUCUGGACGCGGAGCCCAAGCCUGCCCUCAAGUCGUUCCAGGAGGCUAAGGGUCUCGCCUCCAAGGCUGAGGUUGAACGAGUCCAGCAUCAUUAUGGUGAUAAUACUUUCGAUAUCCCUGUGCCCGGCUUUAUUGAACUCUGGCAAGAGCAUGCGGUAGCACCUUUCUUUGUCUUUCAGAUCUUCUGCGUCGGAUUGUGGAUGUUAGAUGAAUAUUGGUACUACUCCUUGUUCACUCUCUUUAUGCUCGUUAUGUUCGAGAGCACCGUUGUGUGGCAGCGACAGAGAACCUUGAAUGAGUUCCGCGGGAUGAACAUUAAGCCCUACGACGUUUGGGUCUACCGGGAGAGCAAGUGGCAGGAAAUCACUAGUGACAAGCUGCUCCCCGGCGACUUGAUGUCAGUGAACCGGACCAAGGAAGACGGUGGUGUUGCGUGCGAUAUCCUUCUCAUUGAGGGUAGCGUUAUUGUCAACGAAGCUAUGCUUUCUGGAGAAAGUACACCACUCCUUAAGGAGUCUGUUCAGCUUAGACCUGGGAAUGAUUUGAUCGAACCGGAUGGCCUGGAUAAGAAUGCCUUCGUACAUGGAGGAACUAAGGUUCUUCAGAUUACCCACCCCAACACCACCAAUGGCGAUGAAGCACAGCAGAAGACGUCCAAGGUCAAUGCGCCUCCUGACAAUGGAGCUAUCGGUGUUGUCGUGAAGACCGGAUUCGAGACCAGCCAGGGCAGCCUUGUUCGCACUAUGAUUUACUCUACGGAACGGGUCUCCGCCAACAACGCGGAAGCCUUGCUUUUCAUCCUGUUCCUCCUGAUUUUCGCCCUUGCUGCGUCUUGGUAUGUCUGGCAGGAGGGCGUUGCCAAGGAUCGCAAGAGAUCAAAGUUGUUGCUAGACUGUGUUCUUAUCGUUACGAGUGUUGUUCCUCCGGAGCUUCCCAUGGAGCUCAGUCUUGCCGUCAAUACCAGUUUGGCUGCUCUGAGCAAGUUCGCGAUUUUCUGCACUGAGCCUUUCCGCAUUCCAUUCGCUGGACGCGUUGAUGUUGCGUGCUUUGACAAGACCGGUACUCUGACCGGCGAGGAUCUGGUCGUCGAUGGUGUUGCCGGCCUCACUCUUGGACGUGGUGGUGCAAAGGUUGAAAAGGAUGGGGCUCAUACUGACUUGAGCAAGAGCCACAACAUCCCGACCGAUACCACCCUUGUUCUUGCCAGCGCUCACGCUUUGGUGAAGUUAGAUGAAGGUGAUGUUGUCGGUGACCCAAUGGAGAAAGCAACUCUUAACUGGCUUGGUUGGACUUUGGGCAAGAAUGAUGUUCUUACUAGCAAGAGUGGAGCGGCGGGUGGCGCUCCUCGCUCUGCUGAAUCGGUUCAGGUCAAGAGGCGCUUCCAGUUCUCGUCUGCUUUGAAGCGACAGAGCACGAUCGCGACCGUCAUCGCUAACGACCGUAAGACAAACAAGAAGAUCAAAUCCACUUUCGUUGGCGUGAAAGGUGCCCCAGAGACCAUUGGAAACAUGCUUGUUGACAUGCCGCCAAACUACGAGGAGACCUUCAAGCAUUUCACCCGUAAUGGUGCUCGUGUUCUUGCUCUUGCCUACAAGUAUCUCUCUCCCGAAGCCGAACUCUCACAGGGACGGAUCAACAAUUAUGUCAGGGAGGAUAUUGAGUCCGAUCUGACGUUUGCUGGUUUCCUUGUUUUGCAAUGCCCAUUGAAGGAAGACGCUAUUAAGGCCGUGCGCAUGCUCAACGAGAGCAGCCACCGUGUCGUUAUGAUCACUGGAGAUAACCCGCUUACUGCUGUUCAUGUUGCACGUCAAGUUGAGAUCGUGGACCGCGACGUUUUAAUCCUUGAUGCUCCCGAACAUGACACCUCAGGUACUAGAGUGGUGUGGCGAAGCAUUGAUGAUAAAGUUAACAUCGAUGUCGACCCUACGAAGCCGUUGGACUCAGAGGUCUUGAAGACGAAGGAUAUUUGUAUCACUGGUUAUGCGCUGGCUAAGUUUAAGGAUCAAAAAGCUCUUCCUGAUCUUCUUCGCCACGCCUGGGUCUAUGCUCGCGUAUCCCCGAAACAGAAGGAGGAUAUCCUCCUUGGCCUCAAGGAUGCUGGAUAUACAACUUUGAUGUGCGGUGAUGGUACCAACGAUGUUGGUGCGCUGAAGCAAGCCCAUGUCGGCGUUGCGCUUCUGAACGGCUCUCCAGACGACUUGACUAGAAUUGCUGAACACUAUCGUACCACCAAGAUGAAGGAAAUAUAUGAGAAGCAGGUGGGCAUGAUGCAACGCUUUAACCAGCCUGCACCACCUGUACCUGCGCAGAUUGCCCAUAUCUACCCGCCUGGCCCCGGAAACCCUCACUACCAGAAGGCCGUGGAAAGAGAGGCCGCGAAACGAGGUGCCAGGAAUGCGGCAAACCAGCCGGAAGAAAUCCCCACCAUCACGUCGCCUGGUGCGCAAGCGUUACAGCAGUCUAAUAUGAGCCCUCAGCAACAACGCCAGCAGCAGGCUUCAGUCGCGGCUGCCGGGUUUGCGGACAAGCUUACUACGUCCAUGAUGGAACAGGAGCUCGAUGACACUGAGCCCCCAACUAUCAAGUUAGGAGAUGCUUCUGUUGCUGCGCCUUUCACCAGUAAAUUGGCCAAUGUCGUUGCCAUUCUCAAUAUCCUUCGUCAAGGACGUUGCACUCUCGUCGCGACGAUCCAAAUGUACAAGAUCCUGGCUCUAAACUGUCUGAUUAGUGCCUACAGUUUGAGUGUUAUCUAUCUUGAUGGCAUCAAGUUCGGUGACGGCCAGGUGACCAUUAGCGGUAUGCUUAUGAGUGUUUGCUUCCUUUCAAUUUCUCGUGCCAAGUCUGUCGAAGGCCUGUCUAAGGAACGCCCCCAGCCCAACAUCUUCAACAUCUACAUCAUUGGCUCCGUUCUUGGACAAUUCGCCAUCCAUAUUGCGACUUUGAUUUACCUCUCCAACUAUGUAUACAGUAUUGAGCCGCGAGAAUCUGAUAUCGACCUGGAGGGCGAGUUCGAGCCAUCGCUCCUCAACAGCGCCAUUUACCUCCUCCAGCUCAUCCAGCAGAUUUCUACAUUUUCCAUCAACUACCAGGGCCGUCCGUUCAGAGAGUCUAUUCGCGAAAACAGGGCCAUGUACUGGGGACUGGUUGCCGCGUCGGGUGUUGCAUUCUCGUGCGCAACUGAGUUCGUUCCAGAGUUGAACGAAAAGCUUCGCCUUGUCCCGUUCAGCAACGAGUUCAAGGUCACUUUGACCGUUCUGAUGGCACUCGACUACGGUGGUUGUUGGGUAAUCGAGAACGUUCUCAAGACGCUCUUCAGUGAUUUCCGGCCCAAGGACAUUGCUGAACGCCGUCCGGACCAACUCCAGCGGGAAGGUGAGCGCAAGCACAAGGAGGCACUUGAGAAGGCCCCCGCAAAUGGACAACCAAGGCCCGCUUAG